CACACUCGGGAAUCAUUUAUACUCAGGCUUUGUUUCCGGCCGGAGAGUGUCCCACACAGAGCGGAAGUGCGUCGCUAGCGCGGGGAUUUUUGGAUUGAUUGUUUAUGUGAGCAGCCCGGCCGGGAUUUCAGUGACAGCUCGGGGAGGAGUAUUCUCCGCUUCCCCUGGUGUAUGGAGCGCUUCGUGUUGUGUAUUCACUGGGAGAGGAGGGCGGAACAGCAACAGCCAGUGCCUCAAGGUUUGGUUUAUGCUCAGGAUAUAUACACCCAACUAAAGGAAUACUCCACCAACUGUACAAGCACUUUUCCAGCCUGCUCACUGACUGGUAACCCAGGAAUACGGAAGUGGUUCUUUGCUCUACAGUCACUUUAUGGCUUUUCUCAGUUCUGCAGUUCAGAUUGGGAAGACCUAUGCCCAGCAGUUACCACAGAUGAUUCUGAAGAGCCUGUUCAGACUGCACUUGAUGAAUGCUUAGACGCACUUCAGUUCCCUGAUGGGGAAGAUGACAACAGCAGAGACUCAAUAUCUCAAACCAAUUUAUUUGAAGAAGCUGCAGAAUUACUUCACCAAUUGUCAGACAAACUUCCUGCCCCAGGUAGAGCUUUGGUGGAUGUGCUGCUCUUCCCUUCAGAAGCUCCAAAGUUAAAAGACUGUUUGUCUGCAAUCGGGGCCAUAAAGCACCUGAAGGAAUGGCAUACGGCCAAGAUAACCAUUGUUUCAAAGGAUUGCAAAGGAUGGCAGAAGAUAGGCAAAUUUCUCUCUGCAAAUGUUGUGGUGUCAGACUGUCCUAGGCAAUUAAUUGACCCACAGGAAUUAUGGAGGGGCACCAUAGAGAUCAAGGAGAGAAAGUUUACCUCUGAAGUUGAAUUUCCAGAAUUUUGUUUACGAUCUGUCUCGGAUGACAAGGUUCCUUAUUUUGAAAAUAACGGUGAUGACAAGAACAAGACUGUGUUAUCAGAGGUUUUUCAUUACUAUGGUGCAUCGCUGGAGUAUGUACAGAUGGUGGCACUUUCAGAAAUCCCGUCUUACUUUGUAUCGGACUCUGUGUUUGAACUUAUAACCAGGAAUGGUCUACAAGGAAAAUCCAAGCUGAUGUUGGACCAGCUGUGCUCCCUGACUGAAAAGGUAGGGGCCAUAUUCAUGUUACCAUGCAAUGUCUGCAGCCUACCAAAUCCACCCGCCCUUCAACGCAGCUCAAAGAAAUGGAGAGAGUAUAUGUCUAGGAAACCUAAAGACAUUAAAGUUCCAGGAGUGGAAUUAAAAGGAGAGUAUUGCAGUUACUACUUCUUAAUUCAAGGCAAAGGCUCGGGACUGUGUAAGGCGACAUUGUUACAUUCUGCCAGCCAGAUAAGUGGGGCAGCUUCCUUGCUCUUGUUGCAUCAGAGGCUUAAUAAUAACCAUCCAGUCAACAUGGCAGAAAGCACUUCAGAUAUUUUAGAUUCUCUUCCACAUUUCAAUGGAGAACAGAUUGCUCUGAGAGAGCAGAUACUAGCCCGUGCUCAGGUGCUAGCUGUGAAAGAGUAUCUAAAAAGACAAGAAGCCCAGCCUCAUGCAUCCGUGUCUCAGUCUAACAAUCUCGGGAGACUGUUGGCACUUACAAGAGAACAUGUCAUUGGAGAUUGUGAGAGCAGGUUAGACAGUGUAUCCUACAAAAAUAUGCAGAAUAUCACCGUUUCUACACCAGCUUUUCCAGAAUCCGAAGCCAUGAUAUCAAACCCUGCAGAUUGGCCUGAAAGAAAUGUUCUCCAGAAUUUAGAAAAUUUUGAGAAAAUAAAGCAGAGGUUAAGGGCUUCCAUACUUUCCGGUUCAGCAGAGCAGUUGCUUGGGCGAAAGGAUGGGCUGAAGGAAGGAAUGACUUUGCUCGACGCUAAAGAACUUUUGAAAUAUUUUACUCCACAAGGCCUUGCUGUUGGAGAGCUGCAGCCUUUACAGGUUCAACGUGGUGACAAUGCGUUUCUUGUAACGCCAAAACUUACCCCACGGAAACUGAAAGGGUUACCUUUUGAAAAAGCUGCGGAGUGCCAUUAUCACGGAUUGGAAUAUUGCCUCGACAACAGAAAGGCCCUUGAUCGAGAUGUGGCAUUUUCUGAACUCCAGUCCCGCCUUAUUCGCUACGAGACCCAGACAACUUGCACAAGGGAGUGCUGUCCUAUUCCAUUUGCUUUAAGCCCCAUUCCUUCCCCCGCUGUCCUCUCGGAGCCAGGUAGUGUUCCCGAUGGAGAAUCCAUACAGACUGAGCUCAGGGGAGAUCCACUACGUCUGAAACGGCGCUCAAAGGAUAUAGAGGGCCUGUAUCCCAGCAAGAGACUUGCCAAAUCCGGAAGUUCUGAUUCUUUGGUGUCGCUUGCAAGUGAAGGUAGUGGGCAUCAGCAGCCGACAAGACUCCGGGCUGAAAGAACAGCCUCAUCCGUUUCGGGCGCUCAGCCUUCCAGCACGAGGGUCCGAACUGCACCAAGUGUUCCAGCUCAAUCAAAGCCUAGCUCUCAUCUAGAACUGGAACAGAAGGAGUCUAGAUCCCAAAAGCACAAUCGGAUGCUUAAAGAAGUGGUUUCAAAAACCCUCCAGAAACACAGCAUUGGGGUGGAACAUCCAUGUUAUGCAGCCUGUAACCAGAGAUUGUUUGAAAUAUCAAAGUUCUUUUUAAAGGAUCUGAAAACGUCAAGAGGGCUCUUAGAUGAGAUGAAAAAAGCUGCAAGUAACAAUGCCAAACAGGUGAUUCAGUGGGAAUUGGACAAGCUAAAGAAGAAAUAAGCUGAAGAAAGCACAGAGGACUAUAUGUACUACUACAAGACACAAUACUGGUACACAACAUAGAUGCAAAGUGAGGAAACCCCCUGUUUAAACAGUCGUUUUGUGAUGUUUCUGGGGCACCAGCACCACAAGUCCCACAAUUAUCUUUCCUAUGGAGACUCAGGCCAAGAUAAAGCACAAUGCUGUAACAUUCAUCAUUAUCACACUUUUCUUCUGUGUAUUAUAAGUAUAAAUACAAAUUGUACAUUUUUGUUUUUUUGUUUUUAAUUAAAAUAUAUAUUUUUUUUCUUUUCCUAAAUAAAAGUUUGCCUAUUUCA